GCCUCAAAAUUGACCUUCAGAACGAUUUCCGGAAGAGGUUUGUCCAUUUCAUCCCUCCAGAUGGAAAAGAACACCACAAUGUCGAGGAUGACGAUUGUGCUGAACAACCCCAUGACGCAGCUGAACCCCUUCAUGGUCAAGGCGAAGCUCCUGACCAAAAUCAAGAUCGCGAACCGGUCAGCGCGAAAGUGGUGAAGGAAAAGCUGGACGAACUUUUAUCGGGGCCGGUUCGGAAAGCCAUAGCAGAUUUGAGAGAAGAUGUAGCUCCUAGGGAUCGCAAGGACUUGACCCGAAAAGAACGAUACUGGCUGCUGAGGUCUCACCUGAUCUUUUGUAGAAAAGUGUUUGCGAAUGUUACAGAAAUCUUGAACAGCCGCAUGGCGGACAUCGAAUUUCUUGAAGAAAACGUCCUUUUGCUUGGUGCGGGCAACUUUUCCACCGGAGAAGUUCCAG